AUGGCCGCCGCGCGCCCGGAACCCCCAAGUCCGAGCUCAGCGGCCCCGGAGCCACGAUCCCCGGAGCCUCCGGACCUGGUCCUGGUACCUGAUGAUGGCCGCCCAGCCACUCCCCCGAGUGACCUCAUCGAGAUCCAGGUGGUGAAGGUGACGGACACCACGCUGGUCCCCGAGCCCCCGGAGCCAGGUUCUCUGCACUGUGCCUUGUGCCCGGCUGCCUUCCGACUGGUCUCCGAGCUGCUAUUCCACGAACAUGGUCACCUGGCGGGGGCUGAGGGUGGCGGGCAGGGUGGGGACCCCAGCCGGUGUCAUGUGUGUGGCCACAGCUGCCCAGGCCCCGCCAGCCUCCGUGCCCACUAUAGCCUGCACACGGGUGAGCGGCCCUACCGCUGCGCCCUCUGCCCCCGGGCCUUCAAGGCCCUGGCCCCUCUGCUGCGGCACCAGCACCGACACGGGGUGGAGCCGGGGGCCCCUCGGAGGCUCCCGGAGGCGGCGGCGGCGGCAACUCGAGAGCAGCGGCCCUGGGCGCCCCCGGAGAGGUCGGAGGUGGUGCUGGCGGCGGCAGCGGCGGGCGCGGCGGUGGGGAAGCCCUUCGCCUGCAGGUUCUGCGCCAAGCCGUUCCGCCGCUCCUCAGACAUGCGAGACCACGAGCGUGUGCACACGGGCGAGCGGCCCUACCACUGCGGCGUGUGCGGCAAGGGCUUCACCCAGUCCUCGGUGCUCAGCGGCCACGCGCGCAUCCACACCGGCGAGCGCCCCUUCCGCUGCAGCCUCUGCGACCGCACUUUCAACAACUCCUCCAACUUCCGCAAGCACCAGCGCACCCACAUCCACGGGCCGGGGCCGGGGGACUCUGGAGGCCCGUUGGCACCGGGGGCCGAGGGGCCGGGGAGCGGGUGUGGGGCAGGGAACCCUCUGGGAGAGGGGCGUGGGGAGAUGGCCAAAGUGAAGGUGGAGGUCGACCAGUAGUCUGGGAGAGCCGGCACGUCGCUGCAGGGGAUGGGUGGGUGAGCGAAAGAGGCCAGGGAGGACGAGGAGAGGUUCGGGGCGGAAUGACGUCACAGCACACAGAGAUGGCCACGAGCGCCCGCGUGGGAGAGUGCACAGACAGCCGGGAUCAGGACGCUCACAAGUCACACAGCCCCUGCGUGAGGUUCGGAGAAAGGCACGGCAGCAGCCCUGUGGGUGCUAGGAACCUGGGCUGGAUGUCACGGCCUCCUUCACCUCCCCGACAGCUUGUCCUUGCACAAGACAUCGCUUGUCGCAGCAGAGCCUGGGCACUUCUUGGGGUGGGGGGGAUCCAGGCUGGACCCUUUCACCUACCUCACUGGAUCAUACUGACCCUAAGAUUGCCCACCUGUCCUCAGUCUGCCAGCCGGAUCCUCCAAUAAAGCUGGGACCCUGUCUCCUCAAAGCCAGAGGGUCCCUAAGUCACAAUGUCAAGGAUGGAAGCCUGACCCUAAGGAUUUUGACGCCAG